AUGACCGCCACCACCACCGACAGCACCAGCUGUGGCAGUCAUCCGCGAUGCCGCGUCCACACCGUAGCGAUGUCUCAGGCUUUCUUUUACGUGGCUAUCGGUGUGCUCAUGUGCCUCACUGUGUCCUGCUCUGCUUCAGGCUACAACGCGUCUAUGUACGUGAACAGCGACACGGCCGUCACUGCUCUUUUUACCGGGCCCAAGCUGGUCAUGGUGGUGGCCACCUUACCCCGUGACUUCAAUCCGAACGCCUUCAUCAAUGGCCUGUACAACCUCUUCUCGAAAGCCGAUGCCUCCAUCAUGAACGUCAGCUCUGUAUCCCUGGUUAACUGGUGUGCCGAGGAUUCGAUUGCGCUCAACACCACCUUGUCGUGCCCACCAAGCGUCCAGUUCGACAAAGACCACGGCUAUGUGCUUGCGCUGGUGCAGCUGAGCGGAUGGAGCUACACGUCGCUUACGAGUCCGACUGCAGUCGACCUCUCCUCCCUUGGUGUCACGGAUUCCAUUCUCGUCAGCCAGUUCGGUGGUACCUAUAAUCCUGACAGCACCUCGGACAUGAAUAACAGCAGCUACAUUAUCAACUUCAACUCCAAUGGGAUGGUCACCUACGCCAUCUUUGGUUUCCUGAUGGUCAUCGUUAUUCUCGCCCUCAUCGGAGUGUCGGUGUGCGUCUGCUUGUGCGACAGCCGCCAGCUCAACCACAACAAGAGCAUCGUGGACCGGGUCAUCCGCACCGUACACUUAAACUACAUGGCCGCCCUCUAUGGUCGUAGUCACCACCACCGCCAGCAGCAGCAAGCCCUGGAGAACCUCAACGAACAUAUCAACCUGUAUGCCGACCUGCCGAACAACGGGUGUUCUGGCGCGCCGCAUAACUCGCAGAGCUGGACGCACUCGCCGCAGGCCAACAAGGGAUCGUUAAAGGCCAAAAGGACCGGCUGGGAAUCCUUGUACCGGGAAGAUGGUGACACCCGUGAGAUGCAAGAGAUGCGCGGCAUGCGGCCAUGA